AUGUCGCGCAACGGCAAAUUGGUGUCUUGGCCUGUAUUUCUUCAAGCUCUCGAAACCCGCUUUGCCCCAUCUCAAUAUGAGGACCCCACCGGUGCUUUAUUCAAGCUAACCCAGAGAGGCUCUGUUACUGACUACCUCUCCAAGUUUGAAGCACUCGCGAAUUGGAUAGUAGGGCUCCCCCCUCCUUUCCUCCUGAACUGCUUCAUUUUCGGCCUUGCUCCAGAAGACCAACGCAAGCUUGGUCAUCUAGAUUAUUUCCUGGGUCUGGAAAUCAAGUAUCUACCCAACAGUUCUAUCCUUAUGACUCAGACCAAAUACAUUAGAGAUUUACUUCACAAGACUAACAUGGUUGAAGCUCACUCUAUCUCUUCUCCAAUGGUAUCCAACUGCAAGUUGUCUCGACAUGGUGAUGAUGCUUUUCAUGAUCCAACCUUAUACAGGUAUGUAGUUGGUGCAUUACAGUAUGCUACCCUUACUAGACCCGAGAUAAGUUUUGUUGUCAACAAAGUUUGCCAAUUUAUGGCCGCUCCUUUGGAUUCUCACUGGACAGUGGCAAAGCAAAUAUUAAGGUAUCUGAAGGGCACUUUGUUUCAUGGUUUGCUUCUUCAACCUACAUUUGUUACAAAGCCCUUAGUUAUUCAAGCUUUUUGUGAUGCUGAUUGA